AUGAUUGGUUAUUUGAUGGAUAUUUUACAUCGACUUUAUUAUUUCUUGUUUGAUCGGUUAAUACUCUAUCCAUUGCUAAGCCUACUACGUGAUAAGCUUAGUAUACGGUUCAUGAAUCUCGGAUACCAGCAGAAAGAGGAUGAAGAUUUUCCAGUGAUGGAAAAAUUAUCCGAAAUAGACAAUUACUGCAGAGCCAAUAUUACACUUUACGAAAAAGCUUUAAGUUUAUGCCCGAAAUAUCCAAAUUUUGCCGGAUUGCAAUUGCUUGAAGUUGGUUGCGGUCAAGGUGGCGGUGUCGAGUGGAUUUUGAGAGCGCAUUCAUUCGCAGCUGUAAAUGGUAUUGACCCAGUCAUUGUGGAUUCAUGUUCUGGAAAAAUUAUUAGAGGAAGUGCGGAAAAAUUGCCAUUUGUUAAUGAUUCAUUUGAUGUCAUAAUAAAUAUCGAAAGCAGCCAUCUAUACAGUAAUUGUCAACAAUUUUUCCUGGAAUGUUCCAGAGUUUUACGCAAGAACGGAUUUUUGUGCUGGGCGGAUCUUCGUUACACUUAUCAGCUGCAAGUAACCAUCACUCAAGCACAAAGAUCAGGUCUGCACUUGAUCGUGAUGGAAGAUAUCACAGAACAAGUGUUGCAAGGUAUUGGAUCAACAGCAGCAAGAUACGAUGCAAUGCUUCAAAAUACACCCCGCUUUAUUCGUUUAUUUGAAAACUCCAUUCGGACGACAUACUGCGCACCAGGAACGAGAAGUUACGAACGUCUUUUGAAACGUGAAAAAGUGUAUUUUUGUAUAUGUUGGCAAAACUACAAGAAAAUAAAACUUUAUUAAGCAA